GGGGCCUGCGUCAUGGGGCGGGGCCAGUAGCGUCUGGUAUCUUAGCAACACCUACUGCCUUUCCGUUACUUAGUCUCAAGAGCUGUUACACCUCUCACCUCUGGGACUGUCCGUGGUAGACAUGGAGAACACCAUGUUAGAUGCAAGCAACGUCUUUCCAUCAGAGGGCGACAACUUGGUUAUGGACACAGACUUGUAUGAUCAGGAUGGCUAUGAUGUUCCAGAUCCUGGGGUACUCUCAGAAAAGAAUGAACUGGGUCUGUUGGAGGGACCACAGGUCCUGCAGCUCUUCACAAAUAACCAGAGGUGGCGGAACAUGACACUGCGUUCCCGUGCCCGACAGCUAUGGCUAUACCUACGUGCAUACCUCCAUGACAUUGUGGAAAAGGAGAAAAGAGCAGAGCUGCGGGUCACUCGGAUGACACAUGGGCUGGAGCCACUUCGUCGUCUGGAGGUAGCAGCUGGACUGUGCUCAGUAGCACAGGACCCAGUGGGUGAACGCUUCGUGUUACUAGAUGGUGCAGGUUACCUGCAUCAGCAUACCAAGGAUGGCUGGGUGCAGGCAAAGCUGAAGGCUCCUGUGGUGCUUCAUGGGCUAGUGACUGUGCCUGGCCCACUGGGAGAAGUGGGCCGUUUUGUAGGCUGGGGUCCAGCUGGACUGACCAUAUUAGGGCGAGACUUCCACCUGCUCUGGCUGAGCCAGCCACAGGUGAAUAAGACACUGGGCCAGGAGCCUCUUUGUUGCUUACCAGUGCCCAGUCUGGGACUGUUGAUUGUGGCCCAGGUGGGAGGCAGCCUGGAGCUCUGGAAGUUCCGUUCAGGUGGUCGCCGCCUGGUGUUCUGUGGCUCACCUUUGCAACCACCACCAGGCUUGUCUGGCUCUCUCAAGCGGUUGGCUCUAGGGCCAGAAACUGACCACUGUACCCAGCAUUGCUUCGCUGCCUAUGGCUCGGCAGUUCUCACUUUUGAUCUGGACUCCUGGACUCUAAUAAAUGUGUGCCAGGAUCUGCAUAAAACCAUCAUCUCAGACCUGGAGUACUGUGAGGAGGUAGAAGCCAUGGUGACAGCUUCCCGGGACAGUACCGUGAAGGUGUGGGAGGCUGAUUGGCAGAUCCGGAUGGUGUUUGUGGGCCACACAGGCCCAGUGACAGCUAUGACAGUGCUCCGGAACAGCUCACUGGUAGUGUCCGCCUCACAGGAUGGGACGCUUCGCACAUGGGACCUGAGGGCUGCAGCUCAGGUGGGAGAGGUAACAUUGGGUUGCUGGAGCCAAGACAUAGUCUCUGAGAGAGUGAGCCAUUUGCUGGCUCCUGCAGGACCUGGCUGGCCGGUGCUCUCUCUCUGCUCAAAAACUGUGGAACUGUGGCGUGUGUGUGACCUCUAUUCACCAUUAGCCCAGCUAUCAGCACCAGUGAUCCAUGUCCAGGUGGCACCCAUGCUGCCAGCACCAGCUGAGCCAUCUCUGCCCUCUCGCCUUGUAUGUGCAUGUGCAGAUGGGUCGGUCUACCUGGUGUCAACUGCUACAGGACGAACUGUGAGUUCACUGCUGCUGGAACCGGAGGACUGUGCAACUGGGGUGGUUUAUUGUUUGUCUCGAGAAGCACUGUGGGUGCUGACACGCUCAGGGCACCUAGUGCGUGCCAAUGCAGCACGAUGCCCUAUGGUCGUGCUACACCGCCUGAGUCCACCUCCACCUCCAGCCCCACAGCCCUGCUGCCUGCACCUGUAUAGCCAUCUCACAGACGCUCGUAGUGCAUUUACUUGCUGGGAGAUUGUGCACCAGAAUAAGGGUGACAUGCUACGCAGUGCCAUUGCCUGGGCCUGGAAAAAUAAGAACAGGUUCUUACCAAUGAUGGGGCACUCUGAUGGCACACUGUCUGUAAUGGAUUGGCGCACAUCAGAGACAAUCUUUAGGACAGAAGCACAUAGCCCAGGACCAGUAACUGCUAUUGGAUCCACCUGGAACAGCAUUGUGACUUCAGGUGGUGACCUGACAGUAAAGAUGUGGCGUGUAUUCCCAUAUGCUGAGGAGAGCCUGAGCCUGCUACGUACCUUUUCCUGUUGCCACCCAGUGGUAAUGCUCUGUGCUCUGGGCAAGCGCAUCACUGUAGGCUUUGAGGAUCCAGAAAGUGCCACCUAUGGCUUGGUGCAGUUUGGCCUGGGUGACAAAAUACGCUGUGACCACCGGCCACAGGAUGACCCUAUGGACCACAUCACUGGCUUAUGCUGCUGCCCCACCCUCAAGCUAUAUGCCUGCUCCAGCCUGGACUGCACCAUCCGAAUCUGGACUUGGGAGAACCGCCUGCUACGGCUCCUGCAGCUGGAUGGUCCCCCUCAGGCCCUGGCCUUCUCCAGCAACAGUGGAGAUCUGGUACUCGCACUAGGUUCCCGCCUCUGCCUGGUAUCCCACAAGCUCUACCUACCUACAUCCUAUCUGGUUAAGAAAUUGUGUCAGAAGGCCCCUGAUGUGGUGAAAGACCCUCCACUGCCACUGACCAGCCAAACGCCACUGACAUCCACCCAGUUGCAGAGGCUUGCCAGUCUACGUGGAGCAGCCAGCCUCAGUGUCACCUUGCCCUUCAUCCAUCAUCAGACAGCAAUACUUCAGCAGCCAGUGUUGAAGGAGGACUUGAAGGAUAUCAUAGCCCGGGAUCAAGACCUUCAAGAACUGAGACAAGGACUACUAGUCCCAGCAGCUCGGCCCCCACUCCCCUGGAAGCGACGCCAGGAAGCCUUUGACAAUUACUUACAUUUGAUCUAUGGCUCUGACAUACUGGACAUAAAAUCUGGAAGGGAGUCCUUGCAGUGGAGCACUGUGGGCCCCUUCACAGAGAGAGAGUCCCAGGACAAGGGGGUCCAGCCUGGAGCUGCCACCAGUGGUGGGCAGGCUACAUCUAGUGCUGAUGUUCAGCCAGCGUCCUCACCUUCAGCCCUCCAAACCCCAGGAGCCCCAGGCAGGCGCUUUGCCCGUCCUCCCCGAGUCUCCUUGCCAAUUCCACCCAUUCACCGAAUGGUGCAUAGCCAGGCAUCCCAGCUUCUAGCACGUUCCUCCCUGAGCUGUGAGCUGGGCCUCAGUUUGGAUCUGCAGCUGCAGUGGGAUCAGUUUGGAGGAGAGAUCAUGGACCUGAACACAUCCUACUACCUGCGGCACAGGGUUCCACUGUUGCUGCACAGAAGGCCUAAAGAGCCUCUCUCAAAUCUUGGUGGCUUCUUUCCUGCCACCAUACAGCCCAACAUGCGACGUACUCGACCCAUCAGUUUUCCUGGCUGUGUGCCCAACUCAGUGAUACUGCGUCAGAUGUGGUUGCAUGCAGAGGUCAGCUGCCUUGGCUCCCUAGCAGAACUCUCUACCCAGCGCAGGCUCAAGGCAAGGAGUGAGGAUGACGAGUGGCUAAAGCGCCGGAAGCAUUCUACUGGCAGGUGGCGAAAGAAACUUAUUCAGUGGCUUAAUAAGUCACGUAAGAAAGAGGAAGAGAAGGUUGAUGAAAAGGAUGAUGAAGAAGAGUUGGAACUAGACUUGGCCUCCUCUCCCCCAUCUCCUGAAGAACAGCCAGAACCCUGGGAACCAGCCACUCAAAUCUCCAAAGACUUGACCACAAAACCUCACCGUGAAGCCUCCAAGACCAAGACCCACUUGGCUCCCCACCAUUACCACCACGGGCGCUCACUCUUGGAAGAGCGCUAUGGGCAUUUGCCCAGGUUCCUGCAUUAUUUUGUUGUUCAGAACUGGUUCAAAAAGCUGUUCCCUAUCUUUACCCUGGAGGCCUAUCCAGAGAUGGGCACCAUAGAGGGCCUGGCUUCGAUGUUUGUGGACUUCCUGCUACAAGCUACCUGGGCAGAUAGAGUGAAUAUUCUAAAUGCUCUGCUGAGACUGUUUCCUGAUAUGAGCAGUGAACUCUGCAGCCGGUUACAGGCCAAACUCUUGUACUUGCUCAAUCAAGACCAGCCCCCUAGCCUCCAGGACAAGACUCAGAAGCAGUUUGUGAUGCUGGCUCUGCAGUUGCUCCUGGCCUGCAGCAUGGAGGUCCUUGAUGUGGUUUUGGAGAUUAUGUCCUACUACCUCUACUCUCCAGUUGACUGUCAGCAAGAGCUCAGGAAUCUGCUGAAUGGGCUGGGCCUGCAUGACACACAGGGCUUCCUGUUCAAGGAGAUGACAAGCUGGUCUGAGAACUUCAACCUUGAUUCCAAGGCCACAAUACGCACACAAUGCCAACAGAAGCUUGAGGAAAUUAUCCUUCAGAUGAAUAACUUGGAGCAGUCUGUAGCCAGUGUUUCUCUGGAGCCCCCCAGGGAGGUCUCCUCACAAGCCUCCCUCAUUUCUGGGGCACCCUUGCCUGCUUUGAGCACCUCUUGGAUACCCUCACGAGCAUCAGAAGUGUCCUUGCGUGUUCAAGAGCUGGUGGUGUCACCUGUGCCUUCAUCUGUGGAGCCUCUGGUGUCUACCCUAGACCUCCAGGCUGCAAGCACAAAGGCACAUUCACGAAUCCGGCCAACCAAAAGAGUACUAGCUGAUAUACUACAGAUCUUCUGUUCUGAGGACCACUUGCAUGUCCCUAUGCCUACUGCAGUAAAAAGAGGGCCACCGCCACUGGAGGAAACAGAAUGGUCACACUCUCAAAUGAUAGACCUGUUUCAUAUUGAUGUGCUUAAUUUAUUCUGUGAGAAGCAACAAGCACACCAGCAGAGCUUGAUGGAGGAGGAGGAGCAAGGACACAUACCUGGCUCACGCUUAGGCCAGCUUCGGCCCAACAUUGUGGUGCCGCCGCCCCGGGAUCGCUGGCUCUAUCCCAUUUUUCGGCUGCAGGAGACCAAGGAACAAAGCUUUGGGAUGUUUCUCAGGGGUCACAGGCUGUACCGCCAGGGCCCAGCUCGCGAUGGCUCCCUCCGGGUGCUAAAGCUGCCACUGCCACGAGUGGAGUUGCAGCCCUUUCCUCCAGGUUGGCCUGCACCCCCACGGGCACUGCCCCCAUUGCUCCUGCAGCCUACAUUGCAACGCUACUUUCUGCCCCAAGAUACAAACCCAGACACCUACAGUUGACUUGGGGGACAGAUAGUCAAGGCUCCAAUGCCAAGGCCCAGUCCUACUACCUUGGCAAAUCACAAUAUCAUGUUUGGCCUGAAUUAAAAAUAUACACACACACAUUUACUUAUUGUAUGUACAUACAAGUUCACUUGUGUACAAAUGCACAUAUGUGUGUAUGCUUAUGGAAGCCAAAAAAAUUGAUGUCAAGUGUU